AUGGUACCACCCAUCUGUGUCAUACCCAUCUGUCUGUGUGUGUGCUCCAGUGUGCUCCAGUGUCCUCCAGUGUGCUCCAGUGUACUCCAGUGUCCUCCAGUGUGCUCCAGUGUGCUCCAGUGUCCUCCAGUGUGCUCCAGUGUACUCCAGUGUCCUCCAGUGUCCUCCAGUGUACUCCAGUGUCCUCCAGUGUCCUCCAGUGUGCUCCAGUGUACUCCAGUGUCCUCCAGUGUGCUCCAGUGUCCUCCAGUGUACUCCAGUGUCCUCCAGUGUCCUCCAGUGUCCUCCAGUGUGCUCCAGUGUGCUCCAGUGUCCUCCAGUGUGCUCCAGUGUCCUCCAGUGUCCUCCAGUGUCCUCCAGUGUGCUCCAGUGUCCUCCAGUGUACUCCAGUGUCCUCCAGUGUACUCCAGUGUCCUCCAGUGUCCUCCAGUGUGCUCCAGUGUGCUCCAGUGUCCUCCAGUGUGCUCCAGUGUACUCCAGUGUCCUCCAGUGUCCUCCAGUGUGCUCCAGUGUCCUCCAGUGUCCUCCAGUGUGCUCCAGUGUCCUCCAGUGUGCUCCAGUGUCCUCCAGUGUGCUCCAGUGUGCUCCAGUGUGCUCCAGUGUACUCCAGUGUCCUCCAGUGUGCUCCAGUGUCCUCCAGUGUGCUCUAGUGUGCUCCAGUGUGCUCCAGUGUCCUCCAGUGUACUCCAGUGUCCUCCAGUGUCCUCCAGUGUACUCCAGUGUGCUCCAGUGUCCUCCAGUGUACUCCAGUGUCCUCCAGUGUGCUCCAGUGUGCUCCAGUGUGCUCCAGUGUACUCCAGUGUCCUCCAGUGUGCUCCAGUGUACUCCAGUGUGCUCCAGUGUGCUCCAGUGUCCUCCAGUGUACUCCAGUGUCCUCCAGUGUGCUCCAGUGUCCUCCAGUGUACUCCAGUGUCCUCCCGUGUACUCCAGUGUCCUCCAGUGUCCUCCAGUGUGCUCCAGUGUCCUCCAGUGUGCUCCAGUGUGCUCCAGUGUGCUCCAGUGUACUCCAGUGUCCUCCAGUGUGCUCCAGUGUGCUCCAGUGUCCUCCAGUUUGCUCUAGUGUGCUCCAGUGUGCUCCAGUGUCCUCCAGUGUACUCCAGUGUCCUCCAGUGUCCUCCAGUGUACUCCAGUGUGCUCCAGUGUACUCCAGUGUACUCCAGUUUCCAGCUGUUGGACUAUUGA